AUAUUGUUUGGCGUACACUAAAUACCAAAAAGUUCAUUCAGCGCAACUUUUCAAACUUGCGGUGCAUAGAUGACCUUAACAUUUAAUCUGCAUGACCAGAUCCCUGAACCUUCUGCGACAGCAGAAGAGCUGAAUGAAGAGCUGACGAAGAUGAGGAAAAUAGUACGCUCUGCAAAGGUGCACGUGUCUAGAGAUUUAAUAAGGUACAUCAAGAAACUUCAAAAGAAGACUUCACAUCUGAAUGGUUGCAAACGGCUUGAAAAUAAGAUAAAGAAUAGAAUAUCAGAUGUUAAACUUCUUCAUAGUCUUUCAGUUGUUAGGCUAUGUAAACGUUUACUUGCAGAAGACCCAACUAUUGAAUCAAAAAAUGGAAAUCGUCCCACUCAGGAGGAUCGGUUAAUUAUGCGUCUUAGAUCAUCUAGACCCGUAGCAGCUUUUGUUCAAUCAUUUCGAGAGAAUCAUAAAGACUGGAUGAGUCUUGUACAUUAUUUAUUUUACAAAAAUAUAUCUGGUAAAUGGAAGUCAAGAGAGCAAAAGAGUCGUAAUAGAAAAGUUCGGGGAUCUCUACCCCUACCUCCUGCACCCGUUCAGAAACCAGAAGAAGCUACAUCACAAGAAGAAAGCUAUUCCUCAUCAGCAUAUCGUAUUAACAAUGAAACUGAAGAGUCUAAAAAUUCUACAAAAUCAUUGACAGUUACCAGCAAUCCCUUCAGUGAUGACGAUGUCCUCAGUGAUGCAGAUUCUGAUUUAGCUGAAAUGAUGAUAACUCAAUUACUGGAACAGAAAGGUAUUAAAAAGUGCAAUCUGGCUAAGAAUAACAGUUCACUUUCAUCAAAAGAAAAAGUCAGUCCUCCUAUCGACGGUAUUCCGUCUAAAACUGAAACAAUAAAGUCUAAGAUGAUUAAAUCAAAAGAUCUCAAUUCAGCACCGAAUGCCUCUCAUGUUAAGAAAAAGCAGAUUUCAUCUCCGAGCUUAGAUGAAAAUCAGCCUAAGAAGUUAAAGGAAGAUCCACUUUUCGAAGAACUUGAUGAUCUUCUUGGAGACGAUGAUAAAGAAGUUAGAAAAUCAUUUAAAAAUAAGACUUUUAAAAAUCAGCUUUCAAAACAAUCGAAAGGAUCAACAAUCAGUUCAAGACGCAUUCCAAAGAGACAUGAUUCUACAAAAUUCCCAAAUAAAAUAAAACCAAACAGUUUACAAAUGCAUAAAACAACACCACCAGUUUCUACAGCACCUAUAUCAUCUGAGUUGACGAGACCCGGGUUACAUCCGUCAUGGGAAGCGAAACGAUUAGAAAAAGCAAAAAUUGUUAAUAUUUCUAAAGGUCCACCACCUGAAGCUAAACGUAUCGUGUUUGACGAUUAGUCAUAUGUACUGUACAGAUAAUUGAU